CGAAUUAUUUCUCGAUCUUCGUUCUUCGAGCGCCGAAAAGAAAAUUCGACGGGGAAAAAAAUUUGUCCCCCCAUAAAUUUCAGGGAUCUCCUCUUCGAAACGAAAAAAGUUAAAGUUUUCCGCGUUUCAAGGUCAAGCUUGAUCCACACCACGCGUCCGCGACCAACCGCGUCGCAUCUUCCGUGCCCGACGAAUUGCACGAGUUCUAGUUUCCCUAGGUUUAGUGGGGUGAGCAGGAAGAAGAGAAAAAAAGGAAAAAAAAGGAAAAUGUCCGCUCUCCACUCGCCAGUGCAGUGCAGUCUGUUCACCGACAUCGAAACCGCUCGUCGUUUUGCUCGUUGGAAAAUAUUAUUCGACUCGAGUUUCGGGGGACCGGAAGCGAGGGAAGAGAGGCGUGGCGAGAGUCGACGUUUAACGGUACCGCCGAAACGGUCGUCGAAAGAUUUUCUAUUUCCUCUGAUGGUGGAAAUCGACGAUAGAAUGGUGGAAGGGAAAAAGAAUUAACAUUCUCAAGAGAGAGAGAGAGAGAGCGGCACGAUGAACAAAGUGGACACGAUUUUUUGGUGUUUGUGCAUCGCGAUUAUGUACCAAACGUUGACGCGUGCCGACCAUACUGCCAAGGAUUCGAGCAACGCUCUGAGAAUAGACAUUUCUCGAGGAAUUGCCGUGUACGUGACGAGUAACGAGACGACCGUGAAGCUGAGCAUGUCCUGUUUGAUUAAAAGGGACGAUCCAGAGGAACGAAAAUUUGGAAUAAUGAGGUUUAAAAAGAAAAUUAUAAGAGGAAUCGGUAUGGCGAUGAUGAUGGUCCCUUUGAUGAUGCAGUUAGCAUGGCUACCGGUCACCCUCUCCUCCAUCAAAUUGAGUUUAAUCCGAAGCUUGUUCGUAGGGAAAAUCGCGUUGGCAAUAAUGCUGUACAACACGCUGAGGAAUUCCAAGAAGUCGGAAACGAUAGUGAUCCACAAACCUGAAUAUCACCAACACUAUUACGAAACUUAUCACGAGCCGGAAGAGGAUGACGGCGGAUGGUGGGGAAGAGGAAUGAGAUGGCACUUUUUCAAAUAGAAUUACAUCCCCGAAUAAUCGUGUUUAAGAUAAUUAUUAUUCCAACGAAAAUUAUAUAUAUAUGUGUGUAUGUGUGUAUAUAUAUAUAUUGUGAUACGUGAUGGAAGAUAUCGUGAUUAUUUUUCACGAAACUUGUCGAGGAGAAUAAUAUUGAAUUGAUUUUCCGCACGAUGAAUCGGCGCUCGAUCAACUAUACGAGCUAAAAUUAAAUUGGCUCUCGUGGAAACGUCCAGUGUACGGCGAGCGACCGACCAGCCAGCCAGCCAACCAACCAAGCACGAGAUACAUCGAGCGGCCCACUUUCGAACGGCAUCGUAACGGCAUUUCGGUCCAGAUUCUGAACCACCGACCACGUACCAGUUUUCCCUUUUCUCUGCCGUUAAAUUCGACGUCGAAAUCGAAAUCGAGAUAACACCGUUCGGUCCCGAUGACGGGUCGAUUCACAUAUUAUACACGAACGUGUAUAUCCGCGCGACAACAAUCUACGCUACGAUUCGAAAAUUGUUCGCGAACAAUCUUCGCUGCGUUCCACUUUUCGAGGAGACGAGCGUAACGUCGUUUUCGAAUCGAUAUAUAUCGAUAUAGAUCAAAUGUUAGGGACACGUAACGAAAGUACCGUCAAUGUCGAAUUUAUUCGUUCAAGGCUUCGUUAUUCGGUGUGCGUAUACGUGCCAGAAACCCACCUUCCGUGCGCGUUUACUUGGUAUGCUAUCGCCAUCGAUCGGCCGUAUCGACAGCUCGCCAUACGAAACGUGCGCCUCUAUAUACCGUUUUCUAAACUACAAAAUGUACGAUGCACGCCGCAUACGUUACGCGGCGAAUCGAACCCGGAUUAAUCUCUGUAUGCUUAGAUCGCGCUACGUGAAAGCAUCCAGCUUUUUCAGAAACGUAGCACACGUUCCAAUUCUCCUUCUCUCUCUCUCUCUCUCAUUAACGCUCUUGGUCCCAGAAUUUCAAAACCUCUCCUCUCCACAGGUUGAAAGCCCUUUAUCGCGUUAAUCUUUUCCUACGUUUACGCAACUCGAAAGAUGCUUUCACCUUUCACCUUUCUCGACGAUACAUCUCAUAAAUCGUUUUCUAUUUGCGCACCUCGACCAGUCUAUCGUCGGAACGUUUGAUUCGCCUUUUAUUAUAUGAUCCUUGUGACGAGGCAUUCGACAAUCUCGAACGAAUGGAUACAUUUUACGAUGAUACUCGCACACGCACAUAUAUAAACACACACGUAUAUAUAUAAAUAUAUAUAUAUAUCCAUCAUCCAUAUGAUGAAUUAUCCAUCGAACUCGCGUUUUGCAAAAAUUGCGUAACGAUGUAUCGAAAGCUGUACACGGCGAUCGAGAAAGUAAUUAUCGUAUGAUGGUUGGCUCGCCAAAGGAGAAGAAGAAAUUCGCAUACGAUUAUCUGAGGAGACGGAAAAAAUUACGUUGUCUUCGCGAGACUGGUAGAUAAGGAAGGAAGGUUGUAACGAGAACUUUUAUGGCUUCGUGUCUUCGGGAUAAAUACAUGUACUUACGAUAGGCCGUAAAAAGAUUUACAACUCGCGCUCGUUGUCGUUGUAAUUAUUCAAGCGCAUGGGAUGAAAGCGAGCGUCGAGGAUUCUCCUAUUCACUCGGAUUUUUUCUUCAAUAAACGGAUAACACGA